AUGAGCGGGGGCUCUUCUUACUCGGAUACCGGAAGUUCAGUGUGUCAGAAGUCACCGAAGAAGCCCAGGAGAAAUGUGGGCGAUAGGGUCCUGAUAACGUCUCAUUCCAAGGUCUACGUCAAUCACGAUAGGGGAUCGGAUUUCGCGUGUGAUUAUCGAAGUGGGGUACCAAGGGAGGGUGUGUGUGACAAAGACGCGAUGGUUAGUGAGAGUUUGAGGAGUUACAAGGACUUGCCGAAGUUCAAGAACAGGAUAUUCGAGGAUAGUCUGGAGAGUCAGGAGGUGUCGUUCUACAUCGAGGAUAAUACUGAAGACGAAGCACCCGAAUACGAAAACGUUGAAAACUUAGACCUCACUUACGACUCUUUUGACAGUGAUGACGAAUUCUACGAUGUCAAUGAGGUCGAGUUCAGAAAUCAAGUACCCAACAAUCCCCUUCCCCCAAUACCAUUAUCGGAAACUAAUGGACUGAACAAAUUGACACAGAACAUCAAGAGAUUUAAAAAAAACUUCUCUAGGGACAUCACCAAGUCCCUCCGGAGGAUGUCUAGGAAGGUCUCACAAACAGAAGAUCAAACGAACGUUGGGCAAACAGUUGAGGAAAAACCAGCUUCAAUAAUAUAUGCCGAUGCGGUCCAGUCAGAAAAAAAACCAGAAGCCAGUGUUGAGAAACCAAAUGAUGGGCUCCUCACCAGGAUAAGAAGAAGCGUUUCCCUUUCAGCAGUAUCAGUAUCGAAUUUAACAAAUUAUUUCGAGAAUCAGAACCAAAGGAAGAGUACUUUUUAUUUGACUGGAACUAUUGAUAUCGAUGGUGAAGACAACACCAUUACGAAUGAAAAUGAUGUUAUCGAAUCACCUGUACCUUCUAACAGGAAAAACAGAGUGAUUCGUCCUAAACUACCCCCUCCUCCAGUGCCAAAAAAUACCAAUCAAAAUCAGACAUCGAAUAGGAAAUCAUUGUACUCGGAAGCAGGCUUGUUCAAAAACAAAAGCAAUUUGCAGAAGCAUGACAAGCGAGCAUCAUGGUAUGCAGAAAUAGGUCUUUACCCCAAAACCAUUGCUGUAGACAUCGAUAUUGAUGAUGUUAACCCUAUUGACAAUGGUGCAGGAAUGGAAGAAAAUAAUACUAGUCAAAAAAUCACGAAUUCUUCUAGCGAUGCCAAAAACAGCAAACCACGGUUUUCGAGCCUUAUGGAAGAACUUAACUUCAAGCUAAACAAAAAUAUUAGUAGGGAGGAAGUGAUCCACAAUAUUGAAAAUGAAAGUACUUAUAAUUAUAGUGUGCGUAGUUGUAACAGUAGCGAUUCCAAAAGAGAUGAUUCUUCGAUAACUUACGCAACGAACGACUUGAAAUUUCUAGAAGAUGAACCUCUGUAUCAAUUUUAUGAUGCAGCAGUAUUAGGUUCAAAUUCUUCGGAUUAUGACAAUUCCGAUUUCGAACACGAUAUCUAUGAAGACGUUGAAGAAACGAAUGAAAACUAUAUAUCUUCGAGUCUUCAUAAUAUUCCUAGCCCGACGAGUCGAAACAAUUUCACAUUCAACAGGAGUCUAUGGUGCGAAAUACCAGAAGUCAUCAAAUCGCCAGUGUUGAGUCAACUUAGUUCCCAACAGAAAAAGUUACAAGAAGCUAAAUUCGAGAUAAUCACUUCUGAAGCAUCGUAUUUGAAUUCCUUGAAUGUAUUGUGCGACCAUUUUGAGUCUCGAUUCAAAAAUUGUGAUGUGAUUAACGAAAAGGAAAUGGAGAUAUUGUUUGGGAAAGUGAGAGAAGUUCGAUUUAGCUCGAAGAAAAUUAUGUAUGAUUUGGAAAAAUGUUGGCAGCAAAAUAUUCUGCUUGACGGAAUCUGUGAUAUAAUUCAAAAACAUGCCGAAGAGAAUUUCCGGGUGUACAUUCCUUACUGUGAAAAUCAAGUCGUCUUGAAUGGUGUUCUUUCACAACUAAAGGAGAGGCCAGAGUUUUCGGAGUUUUUGACCCAAUUAGAGUCCAGCAUCUCCUGUCAUCUUUUGUCGUUGUAUUCGUUUCUGAUGUUGCCCAUGCAAAGGAUAACAAGAUGGCCACUACUAGUCGACGCCAUUUUGAAGAGACUUUCUGAGUCUGAUCCGGAAUAUCUGACUUGCCAGUACGCUUUGGCAACACUGAAUAAAAUAGUUAGUCAAUGUAAUGAGGCUGCCAAAAGGAAAGAACAACAAAUCGAACUGAUCAGAAUAUCUGAAUCUCUAGAAUUCCCCAGAUCUGUACCACCAGUAGAUAUAAAAAACUCAGAAAGGUGGCUUGUCAAAUCCGGUAGUGUUGUUUGUUUUCGACCUAGAAGUGACGAUACCAAAAUGACUCUUGGCAAGAGAUUCAACAAAGUUCCAAUGGAUCUGUUCCUCUUCAAUGACUUCUUCCUUGUAACCAAAAAGAGAAGUGAAAACCAGUACACAGUUAUGCAUUAUUGCCCAAGAAGCAUGCUCGAAUUGAGGAGUGUCGACAUGUUUCCAACGAUUCUGAAGAAAGAAGCCCAAGAUAAGCAUUUGCUGUACCUUUCCAUUUUGGAGAAUCAAGAUGGCAAAGUCAUAGAGCUCCUGUUGUCGAGUGAUACUGAAACUGAUAAGGAACGAUGGAUAGAGGCCAUCAGCCCACCAAGGUCAGACGAUCCUGAUGAGACUUUGUAUGAAUGCUGGGACUGCCCACAAGUGAAGGCAAUCCAUAAUUACGUCUGUCAACAAGCAGACGAAUUGUCUUUGUCCAAAGGAGAUGUCAUCAAUGUCCUUAGGAAAAUGAGCGAUGGUUGGUAUCAUGGAGAAAGACUGAGAGAUGGACAAACUGGAUGGUUUCCUGCGAAUUAUACGAGUGAAAUCGUUAACCCACAUGUUCGUGCCAGGAAUUUGAAACAGAGAUACAGGCUGUUAACAUUUUCCGAGAAGUAUUUGAAAUCAUAG